AUGAUAAGCUCGAUGUUUCACAAACUUUUGCCCAAUAACAUUGACGUGUACGCUGUGUCCGCUACAUUGCCUGAUCAGGACGGGUGGCAGGCAUUUUGCCAUGAAAAAAUUUUCCAAACUUGUCAUGGAAAAUCGCCAAAAUUGGUUAAAGGUGAUAUUAUAUUUGAUCAUAUUAUGAACGAUAGGGUAAAUACUAUAGAUGUGCCGCUAUAUAUGGCCAGAAUAGCUAUAGACGAAGCUAAAGAUACCAAUGAGAGGCACAGUCUUAAUGAUAAAUUGCAAAUCUUAUUGAAUGGCAGACAAUAUGUGGACAAACAUAUGUCUGAAUACGUGAAUAGUAUUCAACACUUAUUGACAGUCGAUAGCAAUGCUAUUCUAAACACUAAACAAGAGCUCAAUAAUAGACAGUGUUAUCAAAAUCUUGUCGAUAGAUUUCAUCAAAAGUGUUUUAAUUUGAAUCAAAAUCCAUACGUUUUGGGAAAACUGUAUAUAUUUGUGAAUAUAUGCGAAGAAAUGCGUGAAUCGAGUGAUGCGGACAUCAAUGCUGUCAACCAAUUGCUGAUACAAGUGGCUGUGAAACACACUUAUGAAAAAAACUAA